GAUUUACUUCCGGUUUUCUUGCACGUACCCAUUUGCCGAGUUUGUAAAGACGAUAAAAACUUUUAACAAUAUUUAACACUUUAACUGUAAAUGAAAUAAACAAAUUAUUACUUUUUAAUAUAUAAAUAUUUAAUUUAUCAUAGUGCAUCAAAACAUUAUUGCAUAUAAAAAUUCAUUGGAGACAGUUCCACUUCUCGAUAUGGACCAUAUCGCGGGAAAAAUGUUACGCAAGUCCUAUUUUGUAAACAUCAAACAGCUGACAUGAGCUUAUGAAAUAUAAGCACGUGGACGUACUUCAAAUGUACUGCCACCGCACUGAGAUGUGUCAGAGGCGAAGCUAGAUUUUGAUGAAAUUUGUGAUCCCUGAAUCGCUUAAAAUGGCACCGUCUAUGUCAAGGAAAAAGAAAGAUGGAUCUAAGGGAUGCAUUGUGACAACUGUCGGAGAUGUCGCGAAACUCCCGAAAGAAAAAGUUUCCAAAACUCGAUCCAGAUCCAGCAGCAGAGCCAGAAGCAGAACUGUGGAUAAGGAUGCAGAGGAGAAAGCAAGAGAUGACUCAAUUGGUGACAUCAUCAUCAGAGGGAGUGAGGACUCCUUGAUUCCUGCCCGAACACCAAGGGAUCUAUGCAGCGCCAACAUAGUUCAUCAAAUCUACAGACAUACCACGGGACAGAGGUUUAGACAAAGCCUAAAGCAGGCCACCAUACAACCAUUUGUUCAACAACUUUCAGAAUUCAGAGUGAGUCAUGGAGCGAGUCCUUUUGACAGGCGUGUGACCGCCCUUGAAUGGCACCCAACGCAUCCCACAAUGCUCGCUGUGGGGUCAAAGGGCGGUGACCUUAUGCUGUGGGAUUAUGUCAAAGGUCAAGAUGGAUGGACAGUUGUCCCAGGAAUUGGUAAGGGGGGCUCAGUCCAAGCUCUAAGACAUGACCUUUCUGACCCCAACUGGAUAUUCACUUCCUCUAUCGAUGGUAUGGUGAGUCGUCUCAGCUUCGACGGUCAGCCGAAGAAGAUUUACCUCAAUACCAAUGACUGGAACCGUUGGUAUUGCUCGGUGGAUAUCAACUAUACAGACAAUGUACUGGCAGCAGGAGAUAACUUUGGUAAUGUGGUGCUGAUGUCUCGAGAAGGAGAGCAGAUGUGGUCAAAAAGGCUACACAAACAGAAGGUGACCCAUUGUGAGUUCAAUCAACGCUGCCCCUGGCUCUUUGCAACUGCUUCCACCGACAAGACGGUGAAGAUGUGGGACAUAAGGAACGUCUCCAACAAGAAUGGCUACCUCUAUCAGAUGGCCCACGAAAGACCAAUCAAUUCAGCAUAUUUCAGUCCAGAUGGGACUAAGCUGCUCACAACAGACCAACACAGCCACAUUCGGGUCUACUCCGGCCCUCUCUGGGACAUGCUAGAGAGGACCAUCGUUCAUCCGCACAGGUUCUUUCAGCAUUUAACGCCCAUCAAGGCUACUUGGCACCCAUUUCAGAACCUCAUCGUUGUUGGCAGAUAUCCGGAUGCAACCUUAAAGUCAUUUGAUCAUGAUACGGUGCGAUCGGUAGAUGCUUAUGAUGUCGGUACUGGGGAGUUAGUCUGUAGGCUAAUGGAUCAAUGUGCUACGGGUAUCCAAUCGUUGAAUGUAUUCAAUCCAAGCGGUGAUGCCUUGGCUACAGGAAUGGGGUUAAAUACGUUGAUAUGGCAGAACGCAGACAUCCGAGCUCUGGUGAGGGAAGAACGGCGGGAGAUCUUGAGGAGACAAGGAAAGGAGCCGCCUCCGGACGCAGCACCCUCGAAGAAAGCACCAAAGAGGCACAGAAGCAACGAUCAGAAGCUGACGCAGAAACUUCAGACCAUGAAGAAAGUUAAGAAUAGCAGAUGAACAAAGCAAGUCUUCAGUGAUCAUUAUCAGAAAGGCUAGUAACAGACCUUUGAGCAACAGUCAAACGCUGAUGCAGAAACUAAAAGCCUUGAAGAAACUUUAAAAUAGCAGAUGAAUGAAACAAGUUUUCAGUGAUCAUCAUUAUGAUCGGAGGCUGGGUGAGACAUUUAAACAGCAAUUAAAAAACUGACUCAGAAACUUCAAACCAUAAAGAAAGUUUGGAAAGCAAGUGAAGUCAAAGUUCCCGUUGAUCAUUGUUAGAAAUGCUAGCAGCAGACCUUUGAGCAAUGAUCAAAAGCUGACGCAGAAACUAAAAGCCUUGAAGAAAGUUAAGAAUAGCAGAAGAAUGAAACAAAGCCUCAGUGAUCAUUAUGAUCGGAAGGCUGGUUGGGACAUAAAAGCAACAUUUGAAAGCUGACCUAGGAAACUUUAAACCACAAAGAAAGUGAAGUCAAUGUUCCCAUUGAUCACUGUUAGAAAUGCUAGUAGCAAACAUUUGAGCAAUGAUCAAAAGCUGACGCAGAAACUAUAUGCCUUGAAGAAAGUUAACGCAUAGCAGAUGAACAAAACAACUCUUGAGUGAUCAUUAUCGAAUUGGAAGGCUAGUAUAAAAUAUUUGAGCAACAAUUAAAAGCUGAUGCAAAAACUUCAAACCAUACAAAAAGAUUCGGAUAGCAUGUGACACAUCCUUGGCGAUCAUUGUUAGAAAGGCUCGUUCUGGACUUUGAAGCAAAGAUGAAAAGCUGACUCGAUACUCAAAACCAUGAAGAUAGUUCAGAAAGCAGGUGAAGGAGACAAGUCUUUAUAAUUAAUCAUUGCAAGAAAGCUUAUUACAAACACUGAAACAUCGACUAUGGCGUACAUGAAACUUCAAACCAUAGAAAAAAUUGGAGUAGCCGAUUUAUGAAGGAUGAAGGAAUAAAGCAUGUGAAGUGAAUAAGACAACCAAUGAGAAACUUUGUAAGAGAUACGUUAGCAUGCACUAAAACAUGACUCCCUCAACCUUCAGGCCACCGCACACAUUUCGAUUGGUCUUUGACUCGAUUUUGGAAUGAAACGGUAAAAUUUGAUGGGAAUAUUGAGGCAUGAAACAUCUUACUUUGUAAAGUUCUAAAUCAUUGUACAAAUAUCUAGGUAUGCUCAAUCUGACUGUGAUACCAUCAUAAAAAUAAAAGCGAAUUGAAUAUCUAGGCGUCAUGACGUCAAAGCAAUCGUAUCGUAUUGCUAUGAUUUGAAUCAGAUUGGGCCUUUACUUCAAACUAAAGGCUUGAAAUCAUAAAAAUUGUUUAUAUUAGUAUUCUUACAGUUAAUUUGAACCUUGGAUAAAAGACAUGUUCCAUUCACAUUUAAAGGAAAUAUGUAAAGUGUGAGAUGUUCCAAAAUCGGAUGGUAGACCAGUCGUAAGGUGUACAGAGGCCUUAAUACUGGGAGAGGAAUAGGUGAUAAUUAACCAGUGCAAAUUGAACACUUCAUGGAGAGCCCUUGAGAUCUAUUGAAGCAAUCAUUUAAAGAUGAUUAUGAAGAUUAUGAAGAAUAACUGAUGAAGUAGCCAAUUGUUAUUGGGGUUGUCAGUAAGAAAUCGGUGCAGGUUUGGCAUUUUUUUAAAUAUCUCCUUUUUAUAUCAUUAACAAUUUUUCUCUUCCUCUUCAGGAUUCAUUUUGUAAAAGAUUUGUAUUUUGGUGCCAUAUCACUAUGAUGGAAACAUCCUGGUAGUUGAAGAUUAAAGCAGUAUAUAUUUUUUGA